UGGUGGGAGUCAAAUGGAAGUGAUAUGUAGCUCCUCUUCCGUCUCCGUAUUCGUCUCCUCCCGCAACAAUCUCUGCUUCGCUCCUAAGAUGCUUCCAUGGAAUUCAUUACUUGUUAGCUCCGUAAAACCUCAAAUUUGUAACUCGAUAUCAUGUGUAAGCUUAAAUGCUAGCAAUAGAUUAGGAGCUUUCAAUCCUAACAAGCAUCAGAACGGAAGUUUCUUCUGGUUGAUAAGAAGGUUCAACAAAAGAUUCGCAUUCCAACAUGUUGUGCUUUUUAGGAGGAAUGGAAGAUUAUUAACAAAGUUAAGGAAUCAUACUAUCAACCUUCGGAAACUAGUUAAGAGUUCUGAGAAACUUAAAGAUUUGUUUCCUGUUCUAUUUGUCCGAAUUGUCUUGGGAAUGAUGAUCUUUAUGGCAAUUACUAUUCCUGUUAGCAAAUCUCCUUCCUGGGCACUCACUGAGGAGAAUCUUUUGUUCCUUGAGGCAUGGAGAACAAUUGAUCGUGCAUAUGUUGACAAAAGCUUCAAUGGUCAAAGCUGGUUUAGGUAUAGAGAAAAUGCACUGAGAAAUGAACCAAUGAACAAUCGUGAACAAACAUAUGCAGCAAUAAAGAAGAUGCUUGCCACCUUAGAUGACCCUUUCACCCGUUUUUUAGAGCCUGAAAAGUUUAAAAGUUUAAGGUCAGGAACACAAGGUGCACUUAUAGGGGUAGGAUUGUCAAUUGGGUACCCAACUGGAAAUGAUGGAGCUCUUUCUGGACUUAUGGUUAUUUCAGCUUCUCCAGGUGGGCCCGCAAGUCGGGCUUCCAUUGCCCCUGGUGAUUUAAUUCUAGCCAUUGAUGAUUUUAGUACAGAAACAAUGGAUAUUUAUGAUGCAGCUGAACGCUUACAGGGGGCUGAAGGAAGUGAAGUACAGUUAAAGAUACAAAGUGGGCCUGAGAUAAAGCAAUUAUCUUUAACGAGGGAAAACAUUUCACUAAAUCCAGUGAGGUCAAGAGUGUGUGAGACACCUGGCAUGGGGGAAGGGUACCUCAAAGAUUGGAUACAUCAAAUUAACAUCAUUCAACCAAAAUGCUUCUGGUAA